UGAAGUUAGGCUCUGAUCCUCAGACAUUGCCCAGUUUGUCUUCCGACAGGACAACAGCGUGAAAAGAUGCGGUGGAUCGAAGCAGCGUUCGUAGUGACGCUGGCCGUUGUGGUCAGUGGAUCGUACAGUCCUCCUGUGGUGAAAAAUGACGUCAUAUACGCCGAUAAGGAUUUUCUGAUGAAGGAGAAGUUCUUCUUCGAAAUACUCAGAAACAUACAGCUGCCGGUUCAGUUUGAAGAAUAUCUGCCCUACACGAAACUAUGGGUUGAAGACAAAUCCAAGUACUUGAACUAUGACCAAGUAGUAGAGUUCUUCGAUUUCUUCAAGCUCGGUUAUCUGGAGAAAGGAGAAAUCUUCACGAUCUACAAUAAGUUCUAUCUGAAGCAGACCUACCUGCUGUUCACCUUCCUGUACAACUCUGCUGAUUGGGACACCUACUAUAAGAACGUGAUUUGGGCACGAGAGCAUAUUAACGAGGGUAUGUUCAUCUACGCCGUUACAUUGUCAGUUCUGCACCGCCCCGAUCUGAAGGGAGUCAUUCUACCGGCUAUUUACGAGAUAUAUCCGUACUAUUUCUUCAACACCGAUGUGAUCCGGUCGGCCACGUUCCGCAAGAUGUAUGAUCCCAAGUUUGGAUUUUACGGAAGCGGCAAGUACAAUGUGGUUUACUCGAACUACACACUGACUUAUCCGGUGAAAGAUUCUUCUUUACACUUCCACAAUGAUCACUACAGCAUGAGCUAUUACUACGACGAUAUCGGUUUGAACUCGUACUAUUACUACUUCAUGAUGGAUUAUCCCUUCUUCAUGGGUGAGGAUAAAUUCGGACUCUUCAAGGAUCGCUGGGGAGAGAUGUACUUCUACAUGCAUCAACAAUUGUUGGCUCGUUAUAACCUGGAACGGUACUCGAACUACAUGCACCCGAUCAAGGGUCUUACUUGGAAGUUCCCUCUCAAGACUGGAUACUUCUCGUUGCUGAGCUACUGGAAUGGAGUACCGUUCAAGAGUCGCGAUUUCAAUUACAUGAUCAAGGAGAGUGACUACUACAAAUUGGACAUGAUCAAAGACUGGGAGUCGCGAGUUCGUAAGAUAAUUGAUGUUGGCUACUUCAUGCUAGAAGAUGGAACGAAGGUUGAUCUACGCAAGUGGCAAAAUAUUGGUUACCUUGGACACAUUUUCGCUGGCGAUGUGCACAGUAUGAAAUACGGAUUCUCUGGAUUCCUGGAAGCCUUCUCUCGUUUCGUUCUAUCGGGUGUAGAUUAUGUCACCUUCAAACCGUGGCCGUCUGCACUGAUGCACUAUGAAACCUCGCUGCGUGACCCAGUUUUCUAUUCCAUGUGGACUCGGUUGCUGGAUUUCUACUAUCUAUUCAAGAGUUAUCUCCCGUACUACACGUUCGAGGAACUGAACUUCAAGGGCGUCGUUAUUAAGGAUGUUGUAAUCGACAAAUUGAUGACAUAUUUCGACUACUUCGAUGCCGAUAUCUCCAACGUGAUUCCAAUGACCAACGUGGCCAAGUUCUGGGACUUUACCGUAUUCGGACGCACCAAGCGGCUAAAUCACAAGCCUUUCUCCUACAGUCUCGAUGUUGUGUCCGAAUACGCUAGCAAGGGUGUGAUUCGCGCGUUCUUGGGACCGAAGUUCGAUAACUUUAUGGAAUUGGACUACUAUAAGAAGUUCUUCAUCGAAAUUGACCAAUACUAUGUGGAUCUUGUCGUGGGCAAGAAUACGUUCACUCGCAUGUCGAAGGACUUUUUCUGGAGCGUCAAGGACCGUACCACGUACACGGAGUUGUACAAGAAGAUUAUGACUUCUUUCUCUGGAGGCGAUAAGUUCGUACUGGAUAUGUCCGAGGCUCACUGUGGAUUCCCGGAUCGCAUGAUCUUACCGAAGGGUUGGCCAAGUGGUCUGAAAAUGCAAUUGUUCUUCAUCGUUACGCCAUACUACACCAGCAGUGAGAUGACAAACGUCUCAUACGCCGACAAAUCGUUCUUCUGCGGACAGUACUACACGGACAAGUUCCCAAUGGGAUUCCCAUUCGAUCGCCAGAUCGACUUCACCUACUGGUACACGAAGAACAUGUUCUUCAAAGAUGUGUUAAUCUACCACACCGACGACAUGAAGUUCAACUACUAAGAUCUGGACUCAACAGAAAAAUGACUACAUGAAUAUUUGUUUUGUUGAUUUUUUUUUGUUUCUUUUAAUUAAAUAUAAGAGCAGAGCAUAUUAAGAUGCUAGAAAUGAAA